GUUAUGUAGGUUUUUAUUUCGAACAACCCGCCACUGACUUUGUGGUAUGUAAUGUGUUGUCGAGAUGUGACUGAUCUAGUGAAAGUUUUUUUACAAAUUUCUUCCUUGCAUAAUACGGCGAUUUGUACUUUGCGUAAUCGGCUCGUGAGAGGUAAAUAAUAAAAGUUGUUGCCUUCUCUUGUACAGUUUGUCAUUAAGUAUACACGGUCAGAGUAUCUCAUCCAAAGCGGUGCGGCGCGGCAUGAUCAUUCUAACCGAGUUUUUAAAAGUUUCACAAAGCGGAUCGGGCUUGUUAUCGGAAAUACAACAUUAACGAACACAAAUUAUUUAAAGUUAUUGUACAUUCAAAGUUUAACAUUUCUUGUAAGUAUGAAGUGUUUCAUAUUACCGGCAUAAAACUGAGUGAAAAUAAACUAAUUGACAAAAUAGUUUAAAAUAUUAAACUACUUAGCGGGUAGAAGUGUUUAACCGAACUAAUUGAUGAUUAAAGAACUCAAGCUCAAAGAGGCGCAAUUAUUAUGGAUGCUGCUAUACGUAUCUGCCUGCAAGUGAUCUGUUCAUUGGUAUAAUCUGCAGUCGUCGUUUAAGUGUUCUGACUGUCAGAUAAUUACAUAGUGCGUUAGUUCAUGUUCAUUUGGAGAAUGAAACAUAGCCAAUUUUUGGUCACACAAGUUCUAGUUCUCUCUGCGAGCAUCGCAUCUGCCGGAAUUUUUAAUUUGAACUGGGACAAACCGACAAGGUUGGAAAUUAAUAUUCCUUGGUUGUUUGUAAACGAAGAGAGGUGUUAUGAAGAAUUGGGUUGUUUAAAUAUUACCAGGAGUUGGUAUCAUAUUAUUCAUCGGCCCAUAAACGUCUUUCCCCUUCCAAGAUCUGUGAUAAAUACAAGAUUUAUACUCUUUACUAGAAAUAAUCCCAACCAGGGACAAGAACUGCGAGCUAGUGAUGAUGACACUAUACAGAAAUCUAAUUUUGAAGCUCAAAAGAAGACAAAAUUUAUCAUUCAUGGAUUCAUCGAUACGUCUUUAUCAAAUUGGGUUGGUGAAAUGAAGGACGAGCUGCUCAAAAAUAAUGACAUGAACGUGUUUGUAGUAGACUGGGCUGGUGGUAGUCUCCCUCUUUAUACACAAGCUACUGCAAAUACAAGACUUGUGGGACUAGAAGUGGCGCAUUUUAUAAAUCACUUAAUAAAAACGUACAGUCUAAAUGCGGGUAACGUUCAUAUAAUAGGACAUUCCCUAGGAGCGCAUACUGCAGGAUAUGCAGGAUCAAGGAUCGCUGGUUUGGGACGAAUAACAGGACUGGACCCUGCCGAACCAUAUUUUCAAGGGAUGCCAGCUCAUGUUCGAUUAGAUUCAUCAGAUGCUGAAAUGGUUGACGUAAUUCAUACGGAUGGAAGGAGCAUCAUACUAUUUGGAUAUGGUAUGUCGGAGCCAUGUGGUCAUCUGGAUUUCUAUCCAAAUAAUGGUAAAGAACAACCUGGCUGUGAAAUAACGCAAACACCUUUGAUACCCCUUACACUUAUAAAAGAAGGACUUGAGGAAGCAUCAAGAGUUCUUGUGGCUUGUAAUCAUAUAAGGGCUUUGAAACUGUUUACCGAUAGUAUAAACAGUCAAUGCCAGUACGUAGCCCAACAGUGUCCAAGUUACGAACACUUUGUAGCAGGAAAAUGUUUCGGUUGUAAAUCUGGCGGAGGGAAUUGCGCCAUAAUGGGAUAUCACGCAGAUGCUAGUCCUAUGCUAGAAAAUGAGGUUUCUCCCCAAACUCAACUCAUGGACAUGGUAGGAUCAAAAUUCUUCACAAUGACUGGCAGCGAAUUUCCCUUCUGCCAUCGAAUGUAUAGAGUGGCUGUGGAAUUAGCGAAACCAGCGUAUGCAGAAACUUGGGUACAAGGGAUUAUAAGAGCAUCAAUAUUUGCCCCCCAAGGGGUUAUAAAUGUGGACUUAACGCCACAGGGUGAUACAAAAUUAGAGCACGGUACCACGUAUGCAAUUGUGGUGUCACAUCCUGCAGAUUUGGGAGGGAAUGUAAAAAAAGUGGAAUUGAGUUGGCAAUAUGACAUGAACGUUUUAGAACCAAGAACAUUGUGUCUAUUGUGGUGCAACGAUCAUCUUUACGUAAAUAGUGUGUCCGUAGACGAAAUGGAAUUACCUGGAAGAGGGCGACGAAAUGUUCAAUUCUCGAAUAAAUUAUGUUCUGUUGGGAGAAAAAACUUCUCGGAUAUAGCCAACCGAGGAAGAGGCGUGUUCUUAAAGGCAUGCAAGGAAGACGAAAAGACGAUAAGUUAAUGCAGUUGAUGUAAACGGAAUAAUUAACAAUUUUUUGUAGUACAAAUAAUCGUAUAUUUUAAUGAUUUUUAUGAAAUUUUCGAAUUAUAUUUGGAAAGCUACUAUAUCAAAGAUGUUGUAUGAUGUCUAGCUUAGUUUUAGAGUUUAGACAUUAAUUUCAUACUGCACAGUGCCUUAUAAACAGUAUUUUUUAGCUAUUUUUUUAUUAAGUCUGCUGUAUAUAAAUAACAUAUUAAGACGAAAUCAUAACAAACAUAGAAAAAGAGAUUAUUUUGUUAUUCUGUUAUUUAGAAUAACUUUGGUGAAAGACAAUGUGAUAUGUUUUUAAUUUCCACUUUGUAUACAUGUGA